AUGUCGGAGAAGAAGUUUGUGAUUACUCAAAAGUUUGAGAAAGUGUUCACUGGAGACUACGAGAUUGGGCAGACCGGGGAAGGAGCCGAACACUUUGAUAUCUCUUGGAGAGUCCGCAUCUUCCCACAAAGUCCUGAUUUCACUAUUGACUUGGAUUUAUUCGUGGAUCCGAGAUGUCGUAACUGGUAUAUCGACUCUGAAAUCGAAUGGAAACUUGUCUCUAAAACUGGAAUAAAACAUAUUUGUAAGCAGGAAUAUCAAAUUGAAAAAGACGAGAAUCCAACAUUGACAUUUGAUUGGAAAAUUCAUGGAGACUGUUUCAUAGAGGACACGUUGACUGUAGAGUGCCACGUCACAAUCAACGAGAUGGGCGGUUUCCGGAAAAGAUUGAGAAACUUUGAAGAGAAAGCGAUGAAGGAUUUUUCGGAUUUUGUGUUGGUGGUCGAGGACGAGAAGUUUUAUGUCUUGAAAUUGUUCCUGGCCUGUCAAUCUACUUAUUUCAAAACUCGCUUCGUGGAGAAUCCGCUGGAACCGACGACUUCUCAGUUCUCAAUUGACGAUGUCCAUGCUGAUGACUUCCAAGUUUUUCUAGAAGUUCUUUAUGGAGAAAUAGCAAUUGAUGAUGAAACCGUCGUGUCCCUUCUAAAUCUGGCUGAAAAAUUCGAUGCACCUACAGUAACCCAAAAAUGUGAACACUAUCUUCUCCUACAUGAUUCCAACAUUAGCUUGCUCAACCAAUUAACUCUAUCUAUAAAAUACAAAAUGGAUAAAUUAAAAGAAAAUUGUUUGGCUGAUAUUCAAACUGCUCAAGAUCUUCAAAGGAUCUCUCCGAUAGAUGUCACACAAUUGGAGUCACCUGUCAUGGCUGUUCUCAUGGAGAAAGCAUUAACUUUGUUUUAA